UUGAAUCCCAGCACGUGUGUGCGGGUGUUUUUUGUAUUUAAUUUUUAAUUAUUGCUUAAUUUGAUAUAUAAAUAAAGGAAAGCAAAUCACUAUGGCCAUCCAAGCAAACCGGCGGAAAAGGAAACAUGAGGAGGCUGAAACAGAACAGCCGGACGACGGCGAAGUGGAGAUUCCUAAGAAAAUUUCAAAGGAGUCCGAUACGCCGAAGAAAAAGAAAGAUAAGGUAAAUAAAAAUGCAGAGGGAGCGGCAGAUGAAACAACAGAACAGUCCGUAGAAACUACGCCUAAAAACAAAAAGGCAAAAAAACCAAAGCCGCCUAAAGGUGAAGAAGCGCCACAGGUGGCCAUGGAUGUGGAGGAAUCCCCCUCUAAGAAGAGCAAGAAGCGAAAGGAUAGAAAGAACACAAAUAAUGACAACGGUGAGGAAAAUGGUCAGGAUGAGGCGGAGAUCAGUCCUGAUUCCGGUAUUGAACCAGAGGAGAACGCUCCAAAAUUUCCAAACGACUUCAAAAUGAUGCAUUUUCGCUCCAAACUCCGCACAAACAGCUUUAUUACAGAGCUACGACACUUUCUGUACAUGUGCACCACGCGCCCUAAAAUCGUGGCCAAGUACAUUGAGAAGCGCGGGAAACCUUUGGAGCUCGUAGAAGCCUUCGACCGAAUCGACAAAAACAACCUUUUCCACGCUGAUUACCUUACCGAGGCGCUCCAAAGGAUUGUAAUGGAGGUGCUCACCAACCAGAAGAGCCAUUUGGAAUCUGCCGUUUCCGCGUGCCGUUAUUUCCUUAAAAUCCACGGUGGAGUUCUCGAUAGUCUCCUCCAGUCAUCGCGACCAAGCCAUCGUCGGAAUGCUCUCAAACUACUUACGGCCAUCGUUUGCAUAGAUCCGCAGCUGGGUCGCCAGGUUCUCAACUCCUAUGACGUGCUCUCCAACGGAGCUGUGAUGCAGCAGAUGUUGUCGCAUGCCAAAAACGACUACGAAAAUGAGGAUACAGUGCGCAAGGCGUAUAUACACUUUGUACUGGCCUUUCUGGUCGAGGGAAAUACACUGCUAAUACGAAAUAUCCUAGAUCACGGCCAGUUAAUUGGUGUUUUGGCCAAGGGAUUGGUCUAUGACGACCAUGUCACCGUGUGCGUGGUACUAAACGCUUUAAGGCAGUACGUUUUGGAGAACCCUGACAUCCAAAAGACAAAGAAGGUUAUUGUUUUCGAUUUGGAGUGCUGCAAGAACCUACGUCGCCUGUACGAUUGGGAGGGACCAGAAGGGCUCAAGGUGUUCUUCAACAGGCUGAAAGCCAGCAAAAAGGUCGCCCCUAACCCCCAGGAUGCUGAGGCUGUCUCGGCAGCCGUUCACGAACUGUUGCUUGUACUGCUCACUUCCCGGAAGCACGGAAUCUGUUUCGAUGCCAUGACCCACUACCGCCAGAAGCAAAACAAGAUGCAAGGCAAACUGCUCGGAUCCCUCUACAGACCCUUCGACAAUCCCCGUAAAACUGAUCUGGUCAUCAAGACAUUAACAGCCUGUCCCGAUUUGGGUCGCAAUACUGUGAGGAAUGUAUGUUGCUUGCUGAGCCCCGCAAGAACCGCCAUCGCAGACAUGGAUAAAGUGGCUUUGUUUUUGGCCCAGAUCAUUGAUGCGGUUCCUCCCACAGCCCUGGGUGCCGCCUUCAACAAGAUGACUCUGACUGAUUUUAGUUUUUGGAUCAAAGACCUGUGCCUGCCGAUUGAAGGACUGCUCCAAAUUACGAGUAAAAGUUAUCUGAAUAACCCAGACUUCAAAUUGAGAUUGGCGGUGCAGAAGUUGCUCUUCUCCAUGAUGCGGCAGUACAGCAACUAUGUUCGAGCCAUAGCCCUCCGGGAACAGUCGAAGAAGGCCGGAAACUCGCUGCGGAAAUUUAAAUUUGAUCUUUUGAACCAUCUGCUAGUUAGUUUUCCCACGAUCGAGUCAAUCCUGUAUUCUCUGUUUUUGUCCAUCAGGCAGCAGCAGAACAAGGAUGAGGUUGAUGUCCUGGAGUUCCUUUCGGUCACCCUGGACUUGGUGCUGCUUAUGUGCAAGGAGAACCGAGCGUUUGUGAACAAAACAAGUCAGAUUCUAAACUACUUGAAUGUCUUACGACCCUUGUACGAAACUGAUUUUGAUCAUCUCGACCAGCCGCAGGAACUGAAAAAGAUCGAACUGGAAUUAAAGUCGAUUAGAACUAUUCUCUUGCUGUUUCCCCGAUCACUUAAUCCGCAGGAGAAACUCUUCGGCAAGGUUUUCACAUCUUUUAUCAAAGCGUACAUGCUGGAGGAUGUGGCCAUUAAAUCAGAGGCGGGAAACAUUCUGCACCAACUCUUCCACAACACGGGACUCUUCGAUUCCUGUGGCCACGAAAUAAACAUCUGGCUGGAGGCCCUCAUAGGAUUCGAAGCCGAAACAGUUUCCAAUGUGAAGAGCAUCCUGGUGACCAUACUUUGCUUGGAUUGGCGGCAAAUUCAGCUACCAGAACUGGCCAUUGCAGGGACCGCUACUAAUAACGAGAACCUCAGCAGACUCUUUGCUCAAAUCGAGCAGGGUCAGACCGUGCAGGCCUAUGUUGAAACUCUGACCCUAAGUAAGAUGAUGCCCCUACUUCUUAAGGGAGUGGCCAUCGAAGCUCCCUAUGAUGCCUAUGUGGAGCUGGUCUUUGUACUGCUGUUUCAUUACCACAGUCAGCCGGAGCAGGUGCUCCAGCUUUAUAGCACUCAUCUGGAGAAGUACACAGAUUACAUGAGGAGUUGGCUGCCGUCAAGCGCCGGAAAAGAGAAACCCAAGAAACUUCCAUCCGCCAUUGCCGAGAAGUGGCCAUUGUUGAAGCAAAUGCGCAAGGCUUUUACUGAAGAGGCUGUCCAGCCAUUUGACCAAAUUUUCAAGGUGGAGACUGAAGACAAGCACUUUGAAUUGAAGUUAAGCGAGGGACAGACUCUGCUCUUGCAUCCUAGUCUAGUUAAUCCCCGACGCAACAUGAUCUACGUCCAGGACCUGCUUUUCGUUUUCACGCAUUCUUUCUCCAGCCAGCGAUUAAGUAAAGUUCAGGCUGAGCUCGUCGCCGACUAUCUUAUUAAGUUCCUCCAAAUAGCUAAUCAGGCGGAUGAUGGCCGGGAGGAAGCUUUGGGAGACGAUGAACAGCAGCAAGACGAAACCCACACCCAUAACUUGCUCCACUACAUUUACAACAUUCGCUUGGGCCAACUACAUCCCACCGAGCUGCUGAGUGUAACCAGUGAGGCCCGUUUGAACUACGUGAUCUUCCUGCGCCGUUUGACGGAACAUUGCCGCACUUUACCUCGUUUUGAGACCUACAUCUCCAACUACCGCCUGCAUUUGAUCAAGGCUUUGGAAAUUGCACUGGAUUCUUCAGAGGACCAAUGCGACCAUCCACAGCAACUUGUGGAGUGUGUGGCUCUGGUGGACGCCUUUGCUCUGAACUCCAGCGAAUGCGUUCAAAUACUAGACCUCCUCACUACCAAACUGGAGGCUAAAGACUUCAUCACGAAAACCAAGCCAAAUCACUACUUUGAGCUGUUACUGCGCCUGCUGGCUCGCCUGGUUGAACUGAAGGAGCCCGUCGACUGCCACAAAUCCUUCAAAGUACUCCUCAGCUUCUACAAGGAUUUCUGUGAGUUGCAUGAACAACAGCUGGAACCUUUGGAGGUGGCCCUGUUGCAGUUCCUCACCAGCUAUCACCACCAUUUGGCAGCCUGUGAUGACGACUUCUUCGGGUGCUUCUUUAGUUCCACUAGGAAACUGAGCAAAUCGGCCAUUCGAAUGGCGAGUUUGCUGCUGGAGCGACAGCCCAAGUUGGCCGAGAAGUUCGCAGAACUGCUGCCUAGUAACAUAGAGCAAAAGGAACUGGUAUAUCCACUUCUGGACAUAGCCCUGACCAAGGACUAUCAACUACCUCAUGCUGUGCUCCAGCGCUGCUACCAGACCUACAAAAAUGGCUUCAUGAAGAGCAUUGAAAAGCCGCAGAAGGCAGCUCUCAUCUACCGGGAACAUCCAGAGGCCAGUGCCCUACUCAUUGCCCUGUGCAUGCCCAAGUCCGAGUGCCUGGAUUACUGCCAGAAGCAGUUGAAGCUCGAUUCGGUGGAGCUCUUCCAGGUGCGAGUUCUGCGAGAGAUCUAUUGGCAGGCCUUUGGGGCAGCCAAGGAUGAGAAGCAACAGGCCACCAUCUUUGUCAACUACAUCAACCUCAACGUCCAACUGCUGGCUCUGGACUUGAAGAAGCAGGCCCUGGACUUGGCCAAGCUGCAACAAAUAUCCUGGAACUGUUACGAGUGGUGGGAGGCGCACCACAAGGCCCAAGAAUCGCUUCCUCUGGACUGGAGUCGUUUGCUGGGGAAUCCGCAGUGGUUCAAUUUCUGCAAAAGCUGCUUGAAACUAGCUCUGCACCUUGCCGAGGAGCGCCUUCCGGUGCAGGAUCAAACCAACGGUCUAAUCCUUAAGCUGAUGGCCUUUUUAUGCAACCUUAUGUAUGAGGAUUACAAAGAGGAGGCUCAGGGCGAGGAGGAUGCCUCGCCUGCGCUGCUCUACGAAAUGAUCUGCACUCACUCCUGCUGCUUCGAUCACCUCCUGGGAGGCGAGAGUGAGACAAAGACCCAUCUGCUGCAGCUGAUGGAGACGCUGGCCAGAAAGGGACCCAGUGCCUUGCAAUCCUCCCACAUCCCCGUAAUUCUUGGCUCGUACCAUGCGAAGCUUUCUCCUGCGGAUCGUUACACGCUCGCCCUGCUGGAACACUACGAACGCUUCGAGGUGGGUCUGGAGCAGUACCGCCCCUUCAUCUGGGGCGAGAGUGCGGUGGCCCAUUACGCCCUGCGGGCUGCGGACGAAGACGAGAGAGCUCGGCUGCAGCAACAGGAGACGAACGUGGCCCAGGUGCUGGCCUUGAUUGUGCGGGAGACCAGCGAGUACACCAUAGAGAACUUCCCCAUCUGGAGAAGCCUGCAUGCCAGCCAACAACUGCCUUCGGUGGAGUUCAUUAAUCCGGCUAAGAAAUCGCAAAAUUUCGGCGACAAUCAGCUCGAAAAAAUGGUGGAGCAGGGCAUUUCGGAGUUCCCCCAGGAACUGCGGCGCAUCUGUCCAAAGAGGGAGAAAAUAUACGAGUCGUGCUACGAUCCUGCUUUCCUGCUGCCCCUGAUGAUGCACUGCUUCGCUCCGGAAUCGGUGGUUUGGGCUCGCUGGCCCGUGCAAAAUGGCUUGCUGGCCAUCAGCUUCUGUGGACUGUCCUCCCUGGACAAGGACAUGCGAUUGGCGGCGGCCAGUUGCCAGCAAAGGUAUCGCGCCCACUUUGAGCUCUCCAAGUUCUACGAGAAACCACUAUGGACCCAGGCCUACGACAAUAUCCAAGCUGGAUUGGCGGAGCUGAGAACCUCGUGGCUGGCCCAGACGAGAACCCACGGCGGCACUCCCAGAGUACCCCUGAUCCCUGCCCUGUUCAUUGCCCAGAGCUUCAACCUGAGCACAGAGCCCACCCAUCUGCUGUACAAGCGCCUGAUGAUGUACCUGCGACUGAAGCAGAGCUUCAACUUCCAGACCAUACCGGACUUCAAUGUGUUCUUCUACUCCCAGGAGACGGAACACCAGCAAUACCGCGAGUUCAUUGUGGAGCUGCUGCGGUGUGGAAUCAAGUGCAGCGCCGAUCUCUUCCUGCUGGUGUCCACCAACACGUUCAAGGUCCUGCUCGGCUUUUACGGAUCCAGUUUGGCCACGCUCGAGACUAAUCUGCUGCUGUUGUCGGUGCUUUCCACCUGCGUCAAGAUUCCCGGUGCUGUCAAGAUCAUGUUGGAGCACGUGGGCAUUCUCUCGUGGCUGGUGGGCGUCAUCCGCGACACGGAGUUCCAUCAGUUCGACAUAAUCGAGGGCAUCAUUAGCAUAAUCAACAAUCUGUGGUAUGCUCUGGCAGCAUCUCGCUCGGAACUCCCCGACUACGACCAAAUCCAACUGCGUUUGCAUCGGCUGGUGCUGCAACUGCUGCCCAAACUCUCGCCAAGGAUAUCGGUGCCUGGAAUGGGACGCUUGCUGAAUGUGCUGUGGAAGACGGGCUCAGCCAGUGGCCAGCAUCGGUCUCUCUCCUCUGAGCAGUUGGACGUUCUGCUGGAGUGUCUCUCCCGGCAUUGGCCAGAUCUGCUGCCAGGAGUGCGUUAUGUGAAGAGCUACGGUGGCCUGGGAGCGUGUUCCCGAUCGGAGUACUGCAACUGGCUGGCAAACGAGCACCAGCUAGAGGUUCCCGCCAUACUGGCCUUGUCCAGUCUUCGCGAAUAUGUCGGCGAUUGGUGGCAGGCACACAACGCAGACAAGGAUCAGAGGCAGCUGACGGAGUCGGCCAACUAGGAAAGCUUUUAUAAAAUUAUGUUCGCUAAGC